GAAGAAGCAAGGAAGAGAACAUACGUGAAGAGAGAAGAGGGAGAAAAACGCGUAAAGCGCGAACGAAACGCGGAUGAAGAAUGACGAAGAGAAGAGAAGAGAAGAGAAGAAAAAAGAGAGAGAAGAGAAGAGAAGAGAAGAGAAGAGAUAGAGGAGAGGCGAGGAAUCUAGCUGGAGCGAAAGGGAUAAAAGGACAAAAUAUACGCAGGAAGAGAGAGAGAGGAGGGAGAAGAAAAUGGAGGGUGGAGAGGAAGAGGGAGACCGCGAUUUAGCGGAUUUUCACAAAUCUCUCUCUCUCUCUCAUUCUCUUUUCGCGGAGGGGGUGUGCGCGAUUCUUAACGCGACGGGACCCGCCCUCCGGCAUUCGCCCGGCCAAUCGGGUGCGAGGACGGAGGGUGGCUACCCCUGCACAAACCUACCCUCGCUCGCUUGCCCUCGACGACGACUCUUCUCUCGCAUCUGAAGAGAUUCCGCAGUGCUCUCGCCAUGUUCGCGCCAAACGAGCGGUCGUCCAUCGUUUUCGUCGUCUUGCUGCGAUAGCGAGGAUCUCCUCCAGGAGAGGGUUCCGGUGGAGACUCGUCUACUCUUCCGGGAACCAUCAAGAGCCCCCGGAAUUGGCAGGAUUUAAUUCUAAAGAGGGGACCGCUGCGAUGGCGGGCCCGUAUUUGUCGCCCCUCGGGCCCCAGGCUGAUCUCCUGACCGAGUACAUGUUCGGCCGUCGUCGUCAGGUCAGUAGACGCAAUCGGACGACGUUUACGCCGCAACAGCUUCAGGAAUUGGAAUCUCUCUUUCAGAAGACGCAUUACCCCGACGUUUUCCUUAGAGAGGAAGUCGCACUUCGGAUAUCGCUCUCGGAAGCACGUGUUCAGGUAUGGUUUCAAAACAGACGGGCAAAGUGGAGAAAGCAAGCUCGGUUACAAUUGCUGCAGGACGCGUGGAGAAUGCGAUGCUUGGGUUUAGGGAGCGCGACGCCGCUUCUGCUCGGCCGGCCGCCCCCAGUGAGUCCUGGCGCCGCCGCCCUCGACGCGUCGUCCUCCACGACCUCGCCCUCGUCCUCGUCGGCCCUCACGGCUUCGCCGACCACGAGUGACAAGCUGCCCGAAACCAGCGGUCCCGUGUCGGUCUGUGGGAGGGACUUUAGGAUCUUGCCGCCGCCGCCGCCUGGAUAUUCGGUACCUUGCGACAAAUCAUCGCCCGACAGAAUCAAGUGCCGAUGUGGGACACCGCCAAGGAUCUGUGCGAGUCCUGUAGAUCAUCGCGCUGACGUUCUGGCGACGAGAGAGCGACCGCAGGAGGCCGAGAUGGAUCUCACCCUGAAAGGGCAUCAUCCAGGCAGGCUGUUCCAUCAUCAUGUGGCGAGCAGCCCUCAGCAAAACGUGGACGAGCCUUUAGACGUCACUCUGAACAGCAGCAAGAAUAACUAAGAGUGAAGAUAAGGAGAGAAGGUGAAUCGAUGAAGACGAUAUCAGCUUCGCGAAAACUUUUGAUCCUUUCGAAGUCCUUUCAUCCCCGAAAUGGUGAAUAGUGUAUCAUAUUUGACGCUCGUCGAAAGCGCCUAUUUAAGUGCGUUAAUCAGUUUCCAAGAGUGAGAUAAAAAAAAAUUAAGUGAAGGUAGAGAAUAUAUCAUUUUCAGUUUUCAUGAACAUUAAGAUUUCUUCUUUUUCUUUGUUUAGCUUCUUCUUGAUUUCUUUAUGAAGACGAUCAGUUUCGCGAAGACUUUUGAUCUUUUCAAAAUCCUUAAGUGGUGUAUCAUAUUUUUAAAAAAUUAAGUGAAGAUAAAGAAUGCACUUUCAAUUUCCAUACAAAUAUUAAGAUUUCUUCUUUUUUAUCUUCAUCUUUUUGACCUCCCAUAUCUUUCAUUUUUUUAUGGUACAUAUAUCGUUGUCACUUCCAAUUUCCAUCUUCUUUCUUAUUCUUCAUCUUUUUACUUGUUUAUUCUCACAAAUUUUUAAUGAAGACGAUAUCAGCUUCGCAAAGACUUUUGAUCCUUUUAAAAUCCUUUGAAAAUAUCAGUUUUCAAAAGUGAGAUAAAAAAAUUAAGUGAAGGUAACGAAUGCACGUA